AGGUAAAAUAAAACCUCUAAAAUCAGGGUUUUACACACUCUCUCUCUCACUAUUCUUGUCCAUUUUCCUCUUGAGCCAAAAUGACAAAAUUUAGGAAAUUGAAUCGUCCAACUGGACAUCGUAUGUCCAUGCUCAGGACUAUGGUGUCCCAAUUAGUGAAGCACGAGAGAAUUGAAACCACCGUUGCUAAGGCAAAGGAAGUCAGAAGGUUGGCGGACAAUAUGGUUCAGCUUGGAAAGGAGGGAACUCUAUCUGCUGCAAGACAGGCAGCUGCCUUUGUGCGCGGGGAUGCUGUCAUUCAUAAACUCUUUACUGAAUUGGCUUACAGAUACAAAGAUAGAGCUGGUGGAUACACGAGAAUGCUCCGAACUAGGAUUCGAGUAGGUGAUGCUGCAGAAAUGGCCUAUAUAGAGUUUAUUGAUAGAGAAAAUGAACUUAGACAGUCCAAACCACCAAAUCCUCAACCUCCACAGAGACCAGCCAUGGAUCCCUGGACAAGAUCUCGGCUCAGCAGGCAGUUUGCACCACCUAAGGAGGAGAAAAUCUCUGACUCUGAUAGUUAAUACGAGUUUUUCUAGGAAGUGCAUUCAAAAUGAUUGUUUUGUCUUUUCAAUUCAUAAUGAUAUAUCGGGUUUUACAUGUUUGGAGCCUACAUGUAGUAGUGUAAUGAUAAUAAUGUUUCAUUCCACAUCACUAGGCAUGGUGGGUGGUAAAUUCAACUGGUUUUAAUCUUCUGUA